AUGGCCUACGAGAUGGCUGGCGCACUGGACGCGCCCGCCAUCUCGGAGGUCAUGGCUUUCGUGUGCUGCAGCACCACCGCUGCCGUCAUCGAGCGGCGGCGUGACAAAGUGAAGCUGAAGGACGUGCAGGUUCUCACGUUGCAGCAAGGACAGUACACAGCCGGCCGCCGCUCCCACCCCGUGCCACAGCUGAACUGCCGUGGGGGCAGCGCGGGCUGCCGAAACCAGCCUUCGGUCGUUCAAUGCUACAACCGGGGUACCGACGGCCAGGAUGUGCAGUGGGAGUGCAAGGCGGAGAUGAAGAGAUCUCAAAAAUUCGGCCUCCUUCGAGUUACGUGCGAAGGAUACGAUUCCCCGCGAGAUGAAUACGUCCUCGUUGGUUCAUGUGGCCCGUCCUUGUCUGUGGCUGUUUCUUCGGUGAUCAUCUUCGUGGUGCUGUGCGGCCGAUUAGCUCUUUUGGACAGCGCUGAGUCGCCCACGUGGCCGUCCUUGUCUGUGGCUGUUUCUUCGGUGAUCAUCUUCGUGGUGCUGUGCGGCCGAUUAGCUCUUUUGGACAGCGCUGAGUCGCCCACGUGGGUGAAUCUGCGACUGCGCAGCCUCUUAGUGCUGCGUCGCUGA